AUGAAGUUCUUCAUCGCAAUGAGCCUUCUUGCUGCUGCUGCGCAUGCUGCUGCCCUUCCGGCCGCUGAGGUUUCUCAAAAUGAACCUCUUAUUCCUCGAGCUAUUUCACCAUGCUGCUACGUUGGCGGGGACCUAGAGCUAAAAAAGUCCCAGCUCGAUUGCAAGGGCGACCCAGCUUGCAAGGUAUAA